AUGGCCAAGACUUUCCAAUUCCAGGACAUCCAAGUCAACUCGCCAGGCUUCGGCGCCAUGGGCCUGAGUUUCGGCCUGGGAAGCAAUCUGAGCUUGGAAGAAGCUGAACCCGUUCUACUUAAGGCAAUUGAGCUCGGAUGCACAUUCUGGGAUACAGCAGUUGUUUACCAGGCUGGUGUUAACGAGAAGCUUCUCGGCGACUUCAUCAGAAAGCACAACGUGCGGGACAAGGUGUUCAUCGCUUCCAAGUGUGGAUUUGACGUUUUUGGCUCCGGCGGUAUCACCAACUCUGCUUCUCACAUCAAGCAGUACAUUGAGGGCACUAUCGAGAGACUUGGUUUCACUCCUGACCUCUACUACCUUCAUCGCAUUGAUCCCAACACGCCCCUCGAGGAGUCCAUCACAGCGCUCGAUGAGAUCCGCAAGGCGGGCAAGACGAAGUACAUCGGUCUUUCUGAGUGCUCAGCGGCCACCCUUCGCAAGGCCAACUCAAUUGCCAAGAUCGAUGCGCUUCAAGCCGAGUACUCAGCUUUCGAGACUAUCCACGAGACUGACGGUUUGAUUGAAGCUGCAAAGGAGCUCGGAGUUGCAUACGUGGCUUACAGCCCCCUGGGUCACGGAUGGCUCGUUGAUGACUUCCAGUACAAGAGCCCAGACGACUUUGCACCCAACGAUUUCCGUCGUGGAAGUCCCAAGUUCCAAGGCGAGAACUUCUACAAGAACAAGGCUAUUGUCGAUGAGAUCAAGAAGCUUGCUGUGCGCAAGGGAGUCACGCUGCCUCAGAUUGCCCUUGCCUGGGUUGCCGCUCAGGGAAUGAUUCCUAUUCCUGGCACAACAAAGGCCAAGAGAUUAGAAGAGAACUGGGUAUCAAGAGACGUUGUUUUCUCCGACGAGGAGAGGGUGGAGAUGCGGAAGAUUAUCGAUGCGGCCAAGCCGCAUGGAAACAGAUACAACCCAACCCAGCAGGCUAUGGUUGGGCACUAA